AUGGCUGCCAACGUUCCAGGCAUCAUUUGGAGCGCCCUCAGGGCACUCAACCUUAACGAGGUUGCCAGAGAUGGUCCGAGCCGGCGGUCAUCGAGUGCGUCCGACGACAGGCCUUACGAGCCCAGCCUUGUCGACAUCGCUUUGGUCAAGGCAAUGCUCAUUCGGGCCAAGAAGCUGCCUCCUGAUCUCGUCGAUACCAUAUUGGACAUGGCCGAGUACUGGGCUCACUCCACGACGCGGCUGGACGAACGCAUCGGCAUCCUUGGCGGCAACGAGGAGAGGGAAAACAGAUUUCUGGCACAGUUGCAGCUUCGGUCAUAUCCCCUCGGCCUGGUGGACGCCGGAACUCGCCAGAACGCAAAUGAUCAGCCAUAUGCCACCACCCUUCCGACGCCUCGGCCGCUAGGCAAGGCUCUCGACGCCAGCUACUUCGCCAAGUCAGCCGAUUAUCCUGUGCCACGCCUCACUCACCCCGCGCGAAAGGUCGUUUUUAAGAUCAGAAGCCAAGACCAAGGAUAUGUGAGCAAUCCAGAGGAUGCCAAGGAGCCUUACUCCAAGUCAUGGACCUGGUUUGACGUCGGUCUCGAGAGGUUUGAUGCUGAAGGCGCAAGUGAUGGAUCCGUUCCUUCGAUCAACUCGCUUCGGCCUGUGCAACCCCCCAUCCGCCAGACGUCUACAGAUCCAGAUGGCUAUAACUACACUCACCAGCUGCUGCACUCUCCCGAGUGGGAGAUCCAGAGGAACCAGACGGCUUCCAAGAAGUGGCAAGAUCACGUCAUCACAUGGUCCUACCUCGACGACAUCGAUCCCGACUCUGAGGCGGCAAAGGCUCUCGAGGAAAAGGGCAGGGGUCGCGCCACAGGAAAUGGAAAGUUUGUGAGAGAGCUGCAGGUGGGUGAUGUGAUUACGGUCUGGGGCAAGGCUCGGUUCCCGGGCUGGUGCAACAGAGUCGAGUCUGUCCAGAUUGAUGUGUAUUGGGCGGUGUGA